AUGCAAGAAAUUUGUGCAAGGGACUCGGCCCUUGCAGCCACGGUGGCUUGCCUCGGUCCUCGCAGCCCCUGCUUUAUCUGGAAGAUCAACCCCCGGACCAAGCAAGGUCCGCGCGCUGCUGCAUCCCCGUGUCCCGCCACCAUCGCCAUCAUACCCAAGAGAAAGGCUGAAGGGGAUGCUAAAGGAGACAAAGCCAAGGUGAAGGGCGAACCACAGAGAAGAUCCGCCAGGUUAUCAGCUAAACCUGCUCCUCCAAAGCCAGAGCCCAAGACUAAAAAGGCCCCUGCAAAGAAGGGAGAGAAGAUACUAAAAGGGAAAAAGGGGAAAGCUGAUACUGGCAAAGAUGGGAAUAAUCCUGCAGAAAAUGGAGAUGCCAAAACAGACCAGGCACAGAAAGCUGAAGGUGCUGGAGAUGCCAAGUGAAGUGUGUGCAUUUUUUAUAACUGUGUAUUUCUAGUGACUGUACAGUUUGAAAUACUAUUUUUUAUCAAGUUUGAUAAAAAUGCAGAAU